UCUCCCGCAUUCUCCAAAAUCACACAACAAAAAUCCAUGUUACUUCUGACUUUCGAGAGUAAUUCUGUAGAUCGACGUAACACAAUGGCAAACACCAAUCACUUUUCAAUGUCGACAAUAUUCAAUGCUUUACACGAACUCCGUUUUGGCCCCGCAAGAGAAAUCAUGAAUGAGGAGCCUCCGGCGAUUCCUCCUCCUCCUUCACGAGGCGGCGAUUCCUUAUUCCACUGCGGUGAUCCGGAGUUGGAUUUGCACUGGCUAUUCAACUUUAUGACUAGCAGCGAAGAUGUGCCUCGCUUUAAAAAAAAAUCAAUACGGCUCCAAAAGCAUACAGAGACUGAGAGACUCAUGGGGAUGUCAGAUGACGUGGACGUCUUCUUCUUCGCGGCUAUCAUGCGCCUCUUCCUAGAUGUGAUGACCGAUAAGUACGCGUCCUACGUGGCGAUAAAGGGAAUGAGAGUUUUCCAACAGGACAAGAGAGAGUUGAUGUAUGAGCACAUUCUCCGAUACGCGCUUUACUUGGCGCGUGACAAACACGGUUGCAUCGCCCUCAACGAAAUCAUAACCGACUUGGACGAUCCUGACUACAGAAACCAGCUCCUGGACAUAGUCGCGAACAACGCUCUUUUGCUAAGCAACGAUGCUUAUGGGAACUUUGUGGUCCAACAUGUGCUUAAACUACGUGACUACCGCUGCACGCGUAACAUCGCUGAUAAUCUACGUGGCCACUGCGUCGAACUCUCGUUUAAAAAGUAUGGAAGCUACAUCGUGGAGCGGCUUUUGGAGGUGGGGGACUCAGUAAUGGAACUAGUGGUUAUGGAUCUUUUGGCGUGCAAGAGAGAGAUGUUGAUGAGGUUGGCGAGGAGUGAGUACGGGAAUUUCGUGGUGUGCAAGGCACUGGGAUUAACGAAUGAAAUUCUUACGGCUGAUCUGUAUUGUGGUUUGGUGAGAAAGCUCAUGCCUUAUCGCCAUCUCUUGCAUAGGUCUCCUGGAAGCAAGAUUGCAGCCAUCUUGGACUCAAUGCAUGUCCCAAACUAGUUAAUGCUAGUUAUGUUUUGAGUGUUCAAUUUUUGGUUUUGGUCUUUUAUAAAUGGAUUCUCAUUAC